CCAAGGGCCGGGUAGCUGGACCUCACACCACAACCAUUGUCUCUCUUCACUAGAGGUAGUAGUAGUAGAGCCGUAGCUGCUGGUGCAGAGCAGGCGUUAGAAAUCUUGCUGCUGUGUCUAGAGAAUCAGGAGAAGGGAUGGAUGAGCCAGUCAUCUUCCAUCUCAACUUUGUCAAAAUCCUUGAGGUUGUAACUGAGCACUUCGAGUUAGACCCACCGGUGAUCUCUGCGGUUGAUCGUACUGACGGUGUAGGGUACCAAGGCGCGGUGCAUGUGCAGCUCAAUCAAGAUGAUGAGAACUCUUACAAAGUAAUUUAUGGGUAUGGUGAAGAUGCUGCAGAUGCAAGCAAUAUUGCGGCACGUGAGGCGCUGAAGUUUCUUCAUCAUUUUCUGAACUUUUCCUUGGUGGAUCUGCACAUGUAUGAGUACUGGGAGGUGGUACUAUCACUGGUACAGAGGGAGCAGCAGCAUCGCAUGGAGAUGGCGCAACUCCAUCGGUACCAUGAAGCUUGCAGGCGGGAGGAAUUGGAAAGGCUGGAGCAGGAGCAUAAUGAUUGUGUUUAUGAAAUCAAGCAUGAUUUUAAACUGGAGAUAGAAGACAGGGAUCGUUGGCUCAAGCUGGGGGAGCACAAGAACAAGAAAUUGAAGCAAGAGCGUGAUAUGCUGGAGGAGAUGACAAACAAGCAAGAGAGUCAGCUUAUGGAGCUAAGGGCGGAGAACAGGAGCCUGCGUGACAAGCUUCUGGCGCAGGAGAGUGAGGCAAACAGUGGUGCUUAGAUAUAGGACAGGAGUACUAGUUGCUAGCCUUAAAUAAAAUAAUGGUAUGGAUAGUAGUACCGAUGGUGAUGGGUGUAACCAGUGGAUGGUAGUAGACUUUUGUGUAGGUAUAUGACUAGCUAGAACUAGCCUUUGUGACAA